CGAGAAGGUGAGGGUGCGAGGAUAAAGAUAGGAUGAUGAAACUGCGGGUUGGACUGCGUCGGGGAUGUUCUAGCUGGAUAUGUUGUGCCGAGCUGAGCGUCAGUGAAAUGUGAAAAAGAGAAAAAGAUGACGGUGAACGGCGUUGGGUGGCCGAGAAAGUCGUUAUCAAAAAAGUUCAAAUACCUUCCUAUGUCCUCCAACAUCACCCCACCGCGCCGUCCAAUCCCUCCGCCCCGCAGACACAGCGGCAACGGCAACGGCAUCCUCACCCCCUCCGAGGCCGCCAACCUGCGCGCUCGACCCUUCCGCUCCUCGCCCCUCGCCGGCCCCGCACUCUCGCUCGCCUCACCCUCACCUCCCGAGCCCCCGAGCAAAGAUAAUGGAAAGGGGAAGGGGAAGGGAAAGAGCAGUAGCGUCCCGCUGCCUGGUGCUGGUCAGUCGUUACAGGUCCCGAACCCGAUAUUGAAUGUGGCGUCGACGCCGAAUCUGAGAGCGGCCGCGGGCAGGACGCAGAGUUUCACGACUACGACUAUGAGCAGUGGCCUUAAUGGUAGUGGACUAGCAAGAGACGAUGGAGGCGGGAGUGGUAGUUCGACGGUAGGCAGGAAACGACCGGUAACGUUCAUUAUUGGCGGAGGAGGCUCGUUGGCUCGGCUCGCGCAGGACGAGAUGGAUGGCCAGGGGGGUCACGCUGGACAUUCGAACUCGGCAACGGAGGACUCAUCAUCCUCUUCGUUCUCACACUCUCAUUCACAGCAUUCUUCCUCUUCCCAUUCCCAUUCCCAUGCCUCACACUCGUAUUAUUCGCAUUCCGGCUCGUCGGGCUCGCAUCAUACGACUUAUACGUCUGUUAGCUCUAUUGACGAGAACGAGGUCGACGAUGGCACUGGCACUAGCGCUGCUUUUCCAUCCACUCUCACUGUCUCUCCCAUCGAGGAUGAUGGGAAGAGCAGUAAUAAUACCAAGAAAUUCGCUUUCCGCCUCUCGAAACGUCUCUCCCUCCCCCGCCCCUCCUCUUCCACAUCCACAUCCACGAUCCCACAAAUCGUAGAACCGCCCAUCCAACUCCCGCCUCUGUCUCCCAGUACUGGCCGGCCUGUCUCUACCCUUCUGUCGACGAAAUCCACGCCUUUGCACUCACCGCGUCUGCGAGUCUCUUCCGCCGUUUCUGCCCCUGCCUCAUCGUCUCUUUCCCCCCCGUCCACAUCAUCACUUCGCCCAACGAAUCCCAACGCCAAUCCCAACACAGCCCAUCGCUCCUCCUACAUCCCCCCCACAAACACAAACUCAAACUCAAACACAAACACAACCACAACCGCAACCUCCCCAGAAGACAACUGGCUCUCCGCGACCUCCUCACCCCGCUUCUCCCGCCUCGGACUCGGACUCGGAUCGGGGGUGGUCAUGCCUGUGUCUGCGAAGGAGUAUGCGAGGAGUGUGAAGAGUGGGAAGAGUGGGAAGAGUACUAGUGUUAGGAGCGGGCAGAGUGGGCAGAGUGGGAAGGAGAAUGGGAGUGGGAAGGAGAAGGAGAAUGGGAGUGUGAGCGGGGGUGGAAGUUCGAGGCCUGAGUCGCUGAGAUCUGCGAGGUCGGGAAGGUCGUUUGGAGGUGCGAGUGCGGGGACGAGUGUGGGUGGGCGGACGAGGAAGGAUAGCGUGCCUCCGCUUCCUGUUCAUGUCAAUGCUGCCGCGUCGAAGGAAGGGAGGAAGGAAGGGAGGAAGGAAGGGAGGAGAGAGGCGGAACGGGCGAGUGCGUUGAGGGCGCUUUCGGGUGGUUCUUCUUCCUCUCCAUCUGCUUCCCCUUUUCCAUCCUCUUCAUCGCCAUCUUCACCUUCCUCCUCCAAUACCAACGCCAACCUCGCAUCAUCAACACUCCAAGUCCCCAUCCCCUCCCACUCCCACUCCCUAUCAGCUUCAGCGUCAAGACCAAGCUCGAUAAUGAGCACCGACUCGGCCUAUUCGUUCUCUGCGCUUGGUCCGCAUGGAGAUGGGGGGAGCUUGAGCAGUAUGAGCAGGACGCCGAGUCGGGUUUCGGAGGUUGGAUCUGUGUCGGUGUCGGGAGCAGGUGGAAUGGGGCCGGUAGGAGCAGGAGGGGCGGGGACAAGGGCAGGAACGGGGGAAGGAGGUGGGGGGACAGGGACGGCAGCAGGAGGAGGAGCAGGCGUAGACUGGCGCAAACUAGCCGAAGAAGAAUUACGUGCGCUCAGUCAUGCAGGCUCUAGCGCACACUCUCACUCUCACCCUCACUCUCACUCUCAAUCGCACUCGCACGACCCAUUGGAUGUGGACGCGGACGAGUAUGGAUACACGAUGUCGACGAUCUCUGCGUCUGCGUCGAGGAGUACGUUCGUCAGUGGGAAUGGGAGCGCGAGUACGGUUACGACGGCUGAGACGGGGAUGGGGAUGGGGGGUGGAGUUUCGGAGGUCGAGGUGGAGUUGCGGGAUGGUGGGGGUGGGGGUGGGGGUGGGGGUGGGGAGCGGGAUGUGGGUAAGGAGCGGGAACGCGAAGGGGAGAGGGAAGCAGAAGAUACGGAGACGAAUAGCGGGGAGGGCACGGUGGGCGUACAUGGUAAUAGCACUAGCAAUGCACCUGGCGUUGGGGUCGGGAGGAGACUUACGUUUGGUGUGAGACAGCAGGAGGGAUGGAGGGGGAAUGGGAAUGGGGGGUUUAUGGUUCGGAGGGUUGGAGCCGGGGCUGGUGUGGGUGUUGCAGGUGGAGGCGAGAGAGGUGGAGAUGGAGGCGGGAGAGAGGAGGGAGGGAAAGAGAAGGAGAGGCAGGGCGUCGAGGUGCUUUCGGUUUCGGUUUCUGUGAAGGGUCCGGGUGUGGGGGUGGGGGUGAAGAGAGAAGGAACGGUGAAGAAGAUGUGGAAGAAGGUUGUUAGUUCGUUUGGGGGUGGAGGUCCAGGAAUCCCAGGAGGGAGGAAGAAAGGUAGUGGGAAUGGGGUGGAGGUGGUGCCCGUGCCUGUGCGGGUAUAGGUGUGAUUGAGCUUGAGUGAGCACGGUAUAUGCGCUCAUUCUGGUGUAGAGAGGCUAGGUGUCGGUAUUAGUAGAAUCCACGGUUAGAAGUCUCAUUCCAUUCCAUUCCGUCGAUCUUGUUGUUUGUGUUUCGUUGUUCGUGUCUCGUCUCUGUCUCCGUUCUCUUCUCUGUUUAGUUUUGUUGGUCAGAACACUUCUCAUCUCAACGCACAACUCCUCAUCCCGCCAUACCAUUACUUUACCCAUGUACACUUUAACACUUUUACCCUCCUCCUUCCCGGUUCUGUUCAUACCUUUCCUUUCCGUUCUUGAACCUUACCCUCGAUUCGGUUGCACCUCUUUAUACCUUUCCGUUUCCCCUUCCGUAUUCGUACUCGUACUCUUUCUUGCCGUAGACAUUGACAUCGACACUGAUAUCCCAGCUGAGGUUCGGAGUCCGAGUCGUUUGAAUUGUAGUACCCAUUGACAAUAC